GGGGCUUCUACCGUUCCUCCUUGCCGAUAUAAGGAGAGGCCAAUCUCCUCUUCCAGUCUUAAUUUUAGGGCAGGUAAAUUGUGGGCUCGUUUCGUAUCCCAGCACCAGCAGAUCAUUGUAGCAGUUUCCAUCCUUUUCACGGAUGAAAGAAAAGAGCAUGGGGUCUGCGAAGGAGGCACCGAGUUGGGCAGAUCAGUGGGCCACAAGCGGGGGCAUGUACGACGACGGCGACGAUGAGGCCAAGGCCGAAGGCAGUGGGAAGAAGAUGGGCAAUGUGAAGGCUGUGGCUUCGGCAAGCCUCGACAAGGCCAAGGCUGCCGCGACUGUGGGAGCGCAGAAGGUCAAGAGCGGCACCAGCACGGGCUUCAAGUGGGUCAAGACACAGUACCAGAAGAGGACCUCCAAGUGACUGAAUGACCUCUGUGCAAAGCUAGAUCACUUUGACACCUUGACGCUUUUCAUUCCAUUAAAAUUUCAUGCUGCUUUCUGAAACCAUAUAUUUUGAUUAAUGUUGGUUUUGAAUUUUUUUUAAUAAAAAAAAGACAUCCUAAUUUGCACAUA